UUAACCGUGCCUCGAGCUGCUCAAAUCGGCGAGUCGGGUAUCGCGAGUAACUUUUCUCGCGCGUUUCUCACGGGGAAAUCCCUCACGGGGAUUUUCGCGGAUAUUAUUCGCACCGUGGCCGUCCCACGUGCGAUCUUCAUCAUCGAGCGGGGAAAUCAGUUGAUAAUCAGUCUGCAAAAGUGAGACACCCACGCGCGGAUUACGUAACGUUAUCUCGAACGAAUCCGUGACGUUAAUCUGUCCGGUGAAAAUCCGGAUGCUGACAAGGCGAGCUUGAAGGAUCGGGCUUUGCGAGACGGGAACGUGGGACAGCGAUCGCUCCGAAAUAAUCGCAACGAGCGCGGGACAACGAGGAUCGAUGACACACCGGUGGAAACAGCAGGGACGAAAGUAGGAAGAUACCGAUCGACGGAAGACACGGGGAGACGAGAGGAACGCGCGAGAUCGAAGGGACGAGUCCGCGAGCUCGAGCGAAGGGAAAAAGAGUCGAAGAAGGAUGGACUACCGAGGAGCCUCGGAGGAUGGAACUAUGGAAGCAAAAACAGAAACCAGUCUCACUGGCUCAAGGCUGCCUGGCCGAGAGAGUACCUGGCCCGCUGGAGCGCUGGAGCUACCUGGAUCGUCCAGUCCCGAAUUGCCGCCGCCAUGUUCGUCCCCCGCAAUACGCGUCAGACCGAGUAGUGAGCCGGCCGGCGGGGAGGAGCGGCCGAUCGAAACACCACCCUAGGCGAGCCGAUUCCCGAGCUCCACCCGGACCACCGGAGACUAUCUCGUCGGCAACAGUGGAACACGUGCGCUGGACGACAUCGCGCGUCGAGGAAAGCAGGUGCCGUGCGGGCUUUCUCGCGCGCGCGCGCGCGCGAUCGCUUUCUCCGACGAAUUCGGAGCCGGCGUGAACUCAGCCGCGAAUCGCGCGCUUAGCUUCGAUUAGUCUCGCGCGCGCGCGCCAUACCGGUAUCGAGCGUAGCGAUAGAAAAUGGCGAACGAGUGAGAAUCGCGAGAGGAGGUGUGUGCGCGGGCGGAGGUGAGCGAAGAAGAAGACGGGGAUCUCGUAUUCUCGCGGCGAUAUCGCCGAUAGCCGCUCGCAGCGGCGAUCGAGGGAAAGGUACCUGUCCGCGACGCGAGAGCGCACCCGAGACGCCUCACCUGCCUCCCGUUCCGCGUCCUCCUCACGACGCGUCGCGUUCGCCUCUCCGCUCGUUCUCUCUCUCUCUCUCUCGCAUCUGCCCCUCGCGUCGGACUCGAUCGUGCCGGAUGACCCGGGCGAGAAACCGCGGACAACAACGGUGAGGCGCGCGCGCGCGGGCGCGUGCUCGCGCGAAACCUCCCCCGAGUGUUGACGAGUGUUGAGUGUUCGACGGAAGGGGGUCUCAUCUCGACGAGCAGUGGAGCGAUUUUAAUUCGGUGGUGGUGCGCGGACCGAGAGGGAAGAUCAGCUAAGUGCAGUGCGCCGAUCGUUCGGGAAUAUCGUCGACCGAUCAUAAUUCGUUGGUAAUUCGGUGAGAGUGGUGAGAGCGACGGAUACGCGCGGCGGGAGUGCUCGACGGCCGAGGAACAGCGGCAACGGGGAUCGGUGAUAUGCGGUAGUCGCGGGAAUUCCCCAGGGAGAGACAUGAGGACGGCCGCCGCCUACGUCCUGUUCCUUGCCCACCUCAUACAGGCGACAACCGCGAGCGGAUACUUCGAGGUGCAGAUCCUCUCGCUGUCGAACAACAGGGGCACCCUGGUGGACGGUAGGUGUUGCGGCGGGGGAGACGGGGGAGGAGGGGUCCCGCCGUGCACGAAGCCCUGCUCGACAGCCUUUUGGCUCUGUCUCAAGGAGUACCAGUCGAAUGUCACUGCCAUCGGCACCUGCAGCUUCGGCAACGUAUCUAGUCACGCCCUCGGCCCGAACACCUUUACCCUCGCCGAACCUGUCACCCUGCAGCUCCCCUUCACCUUCCGAUGGACGAGGCAAUUCACGUUGAUCCUGCAAGCGAGGGACGUACCGAGCGCCGGCGUGAUCGAGGAAACGAGUUACAGCGGCAUCGUCCUGCCCGAGUCCACGUGGCACACCCUCAAUCAUCAAGGUAGAAACGCUCACUUAGCGUACCGGAUACGUGUCCAGUGCGACGAGCAUUACUACAACGCUACCUGCACCAAGUUCUGCCGGAGUAGAGACGACGUUUUCGGUCAUUACAACUGCAGCGAAGACGGCGACAAAGUGUGCAAUGACGGAUGGACGGGCAACGAGUGCAACACGGCCGUCUGCAAGAAGGGCUGCCAUCCGGUGCACGGCUACUGCGAGGUCAGCUACGAGUGCAAGUGCCGGCACGGCUGGCGAGGCGACCUGUGCGACCAAUGCACGCCCUAUCCGGGCUGCAAGCACGGCUACUGCAACGGCUCGAGCUGGCAGUGUAUCUGCGACACCAACUGGGGCGGCAUACUCUGCGAUCAGGAUCUCAACUACUGCGGCACCCACGAGCCCUGCCAAAACGGCGGCACGUGCCUCAACACCGCGCCGGACCACUACCUGUGCACGUGUCCGGACGGUUUCUCCGGACCCACCUGCGAGAAGAUCGACAACCCGUGCGCGACCAAUCCCUGCCUGAACGGGGCGACCUGCCAUGAGCACGGGGAGACGGCGCAGUGCGUGUGCGCUCCGGGCUUUACCGGGCCGAACUGCGCGACCGACAUCGACGAGUGCGCCUCGCAACCCUGUCAGAAUAACGGCACCUGCGUGGACGGCAAGAACAGCUUCGUGUGUAACUGCCCGCCCGCCUGGCAAGGGACUCUCUGCCAAUUCGACGUGGACGAGUGCGCGCUCAAGGAGCCACCCUGCAAGAACUCCCUCACCUGCUCCAACUUGGCCGGCGACUACAACUGCCGGUGCCGGAGCGGCUUCACGGGCAAGAAUUGCACGAAGAACAUCAACGACUGCGUCGGCCAAUGCCAGCACGGCGCGCUCUGCAUCGACCUGGUGAACGACUACCACUGCAGCUGCACCGCCGGCUACUCCGGCAAGGACUGCGACGUCGACAUCGACGAGUGCGCGUCCAACCCUUGCCAGAACGGCGGCGAGUGCCGGGACCAGGUGAAUUCGUACGAGUGCGUGUGCCCGGUCGGCUUCAGCGGGCAGCAUUGCGAGAUCGACCGCAACCACUGCAGCCCGAACCCCUGCCGCAACUCGGCGCCGUGCUUCAACACGCAGACCGACUACUACUGCCACUGUCCGGUCGAGUGGCAAGGCAAGAACUGCACGGAACUGGCCGCGCACAACCCCGAGUUCGGCACGCCGGACGAGCAGUUCGGUUGCGGCAGCGAGGGCACACCCUGCGGCGGCCGUGGCCGUUGCAUCGGCGGCAGAUGCACCUGCGACCCGGGCUACACCGGCGUGCACUGCCACGAGAACAUCAACGACUGUCACAGCAACCCCUGCCUGAACGGCGGCACCUGCGUCGACCUGGUCAACUCCUUCCAGUGUAUAUGCAGGGAAGGCUGGAGCGGGGAUCUGUGUGAUCAAGACGUGGACGAGUGCAUGACGCAGCCCUGCCGCAACAACGGUACCUGCGUGGACGGCGUGGCGGACUUCACGUGCAUCUGCCGCGGCGGCUGGAAGGGCAAGACCUGCACGUUGCGCGGCGGUCACUGCGAGCCCGGCACUUGUCGGAACGGCGGCACCUGUCAGGAUCGCGGUGACAGCUUCACGUGUCACUGCCCGCCCGGGUGGGAGGGCGCCGCCUGCCACAUCGCCUCGCCGGCCUGCGCGAGCAGCCCUUGCGAGAACGGGGCGACCUGCGUGAACACCGCGGACGGCAACUACCGUUGCGUAUGCCGGGAGGGCUUCGAAGGGCCGAACUGCCGGCGCGACGUCGACGACUGCCAGCCGCUGCCGUGCCUGAACGGCGGCAAAUGCGUCGACGGCGUCAACUGGUUCAGAUGCGAGUGCGCGGCCGGCUUCACCGGCCCGGACUGCCGCAUCAACGUGAACGAGUGCGCGAGCGACCCGUGCAUGAGCGGGUCCGUCUGCGUGGACGGUAUCGCGAGUUACUCCUGCAUCUGUCCACCUGGCCGGACCGGCACACGAUGCGAGAUCAGGACCGCCGGUGGGCCCGGCUGCAUGGCCGUUUCGUGGAACGACGAUUGCAACGUGUGCGAGUGCCGGAACGGCAAGAAUCAGUGCAGCAACGUCUGGUGCGGGCCGGGUAACUGCCUGAACGGCACCUCCUGCUUAGCCCACGAGGUGUGCGUCCCCAGUCCGGGCGAGAGCUGCUUGGCACCGCCGUGUCCGGCAUGGGGCGAGUGUCGGCCGAUCGAAACCGGGAGGCGGGUGGGACCGCCGGCGUUGCCGGCCCCUCCGUCCUGUUGGCCCGGACAGUCGACACCGGGGCCAACUUGCUCGAGACUCACGAUAUUGCUGAGGAGGGACACCCUGGCGGCCGGCACGUCGGUAGAGCUGCUGUGCCGUCGCCUGAGGAAGCUCCUCGCCGAUCCGCGCAGGCCGCAGUCGGUGGUGCUGCUCUGCGACUUGAAACCGGGUGACAACGACACGAUAGAAGUGACGAUCUUCUCCGAAGCGGCGGCUGACGCAGCGAGAGACCUCGGUGAGUCCCUCAGUCGUCCCCUAGCGAGACCUCUCGCUCUGGCCUCCGUGUUGGAGGUCAAAGUAGAGACGGCUUUGCUCAGCGAGCCCAGCUCGUCGGGCUCGAACAACGCCGGCAGCUACGUAGCCGUUCUCGGCGGCGCUCUGGCGGCGAUACUGGUGUUGGUGCUGUUCGGCGGGCUCUGGUACCUCAAGUCCGUCAGGCACAGGUCAAACUUGACGGCGACUACCAGCAGCGAGACCUCUUUGCACCGCCAUCGCAGCGACCUGGACGAGAAGUCGAACAAUCUUCAGAACGAGGAGAACCUGAGGAGAUACGCGAACCCGCUGAAGGAUCAAGACUCCGGCGAGCCCAGAGUGUCCGUCGUCAGACCGUUGUCGGGUUCUUCGCUCGGCAACUUGACCGCCACCGAGGAGAGCUUGGAGAUGGUGUCCGAGGAAGGCAGACAUCGCUUGCCGCCGCUCUACAAACCACCCAGCGCCGAAGCGAGGAACAACACGGCUAGUUUCAGCUACGAGGAGGGCGCGCACAAGCCCUACAGCAAGCCCAGACUGCAGGAGCCGUCUUAUCCGCAUCAGCAGCCAGGCACCAGCCAGACGUCGGGACCGCACCAGGUGCUGACGGUACACGUGUGAUCGAGUGCCGUCGAAGUGAAACAGGCGGCGAUCCCGAGGAUCCUGCUCCCGGAUUUCUCCCGCUUGGAGAAACCGUACGGAGCCUACUACGCGGGGAUUCUUGGAACGAAGAUUCUUAGGGACGAUAUAAGAAACACGUAGUAACGCUAGACGGGGAGACUAGAUUUAACGCCCGAGACUGAGAGUUUACCUGGACGAUCUGAUUCUUAUGUGAUAACGGAAACCGUGACCUUUCGAUUUCGGGAUGACUUUCCGGUGAGUUGGCUCCCCUCUGAGAUUACCCCUCGCGAUGGCCGAGACGGCGCGUAGAAUAUACUAGAGAUGAACGGGGAGGUAUGAAAGAAAAGAGAACGUACUGCAAUCAGACUGUUGCUCAUGCUGUGCAAAGGGCGCAAAUUGCCGUAGCCAAUCAAACGUGAAACGCAAAUUUAAGCUGGAGAACCAAUCGUGAUGUCUCUUUGGGUUUUUGUCUAUUCCGGGAGGAGACGGAAGUAACCGUGUAACCUGGGUAAAAUUCGGACCGAGUAAUUAGGAUUUCAAUCGAUCGAAUCCUAGUUACUUCCGCUUAGGCCAGAUUUACUGUCAGUUCUAUCUUUCUUCGGGGCAGAUAAAUCUAAAGCAAUAUUCUGAUUGGUUCUUCGGCUUAAGUUGUCUUAUGGCUACGACAGUUCGUAUGCGAAAGCCCUGAGUAACCUUAUUACGACAUGAGAGAGAAACGCAAACGUUGAAUUGUUUUCGCACUAUAAUUCGCGGUGAACAAUCGCUUAAAUCGUCGACUUUUUCGCGCGAGAGUAUCACAAUAACGCGAUUCUAGCGCGAAAGAUUUUUUCAAAUUUGCAAAGUCGCGCACAAAGAAGUCGUUUCCUCUUUCAUUCUCCCCACUCGGCCCCCCUUCCCCCUCCCGCACUUGUGCGAUAUGACAAUAAACGAUCGAUAAUUAUAAAUAAUUUUAACGAAGAACGACCAGUUUGUUAUAUCGUUGUACAUAUGUACAUAACUCGUACUUAUUAAUUCCGCUAAGUCUGUAUCUCCUCCU